AUGGAGAGCCUGGCGCGGGUGCUGCGCCUGGCCAAGGGCAGCGCCCGGCCCGAGCGCGCCGGGUUCCUGCAGAGCAUCACCGGGCACUUCUGUGCGUCCCACGAGGAUGAGGCGACGGUCUGCUGCGGCUUGGACCAAAACCAGUUUGUCAUUUCCGACAGCGAGUUCCCUGGCUCCACCUGGAUCCUCCUGAAGAGACCGUCCUUUUGUCCCAUCAAGCACCUGGAGGAGAGCCAGGCUGCCGCGCUGCCAGAGGCGCUCCGAGGCCGCGGGGUGGAUGUGGGGGUGGCCGUCGUCCUGCAGUCUGUCGACAGGAGAGUCCUGCUCACGCGAAGGGCCAAGAAUCUCAGCAUCUUCCCCAACAUCUGGGUGCCCCCCGGUGGGCACAUGGAGCCGGAUGAACAGUUGCUGGAGGCGGGUCUGCGGGAGCUGCAGGAGGAGACAGGCUUGCGGCUGGAGCCGGGCGGGUUCUCCUGGAGGAUGCUGGGCCUGUGGGAGUCCGUGUACCCGCCUAUGCUGAGCAGAGGGCUGCCGAGGCGGCACCAUGUAGUCGUGUACCUGUUGCUUCUGUCCACCGAGAGCCACCAGCAGCUGCAGACGAGGAUCAAGGCGGACGAGAGCGAGGUGAGCGCCUAUGCCUGGCUGGAGCCCCACGUUCUGGAGUGUGUCGCGGCGGUCGAGGAUGGAGCAGAGAACACGGGACGUAUGCCCAACAACCUCCCCCCAACCAUAGAAGCCACAGAGCUGAGCGGGGGCUCGGCCCGGCCCACGGAACUUCCUGCUGCGACCUUCCUGAACACAGCACCUGCAGCGGGGGACGAUGUGGAACGGGUCAGCACCGGGACCAGGUUUGCCCUUCGGCUCUGGCUGGACACCUUAGCCAUGCGAGACAAGUGAGCAGCGAAAUCCCAGGCCCCGGCCUCCCCGCGGGGCAGACAGCUGGGGAGCGGAGCUGCCGGCGAAGGUCGGCUCUGUUACCACCUCCUGCCCUCAGACCUGGCUUUACCAAGCACGGCUGCCGAGGCCUGCCCGGAACCAA